UAACGGGAUCAGUGACGUCAGACGCAAAGCGCCGGGCCUACCGCUGGAGCGUGAGGGAGAACACGAAUUCUGUUUGGAGGUUUCUUUGAGUUCGCGGAGUAGGCAUCAUGAGCAAAGCUCACCCGCCGGAGUUGAAGAAAUUUAUGGACAAGAAAUUAUCAUUGAAAUUAAAUGGUGGCAGACAUGUCCAAGGAAUAUUGCGAGGAUUUGACCCCUUUAUGAACCUUGUGAUAGAUGAAUGUGUGGAGAUGGCAACAAGUGGUCAACAGAAUAAUAUUGGAAUGGUGGUAAUACGAGGAAACAGUAUCAUCAUGUUAGAAGCCUUGGAACGAGUAUGAACAGUGGCUCUGCUCACCAGAGAAAUCAACUGCUUCCACAUUCUCCCCUCUCUCCGGCAUUUGUUGCAAUGAAAGCCAAGUCUUAUACAUUUUCUUACUGAAUUCUUUUGUUAAAUAAACUUUUGUAAUAAUCAAAAA